GAUCGUGACGUCACGUGAAUCCUGGCCGCGGCUCUCGGAUGUUCGGAGCCUGUCGCCUGGCGCUCCAGAUCCGGUGACCUCGCCGCCCCCCCAGCUGCGAUGACUGCCGCCGUGAAUCAUGGGAAGCUGCUGCUGCAGCGGCUGUACGAGCAGCGCGAGAUGGACUUCCUGUGCGACGUGACCAUCGUGGUGCGCGACGUGGAGUUCCGGGCGCACCGCAACGUGCUGGCGGCCUUCAGCGAGUACUUCUCCUUCCAGGCCGAGCGGGGUCACCAGGUCACCACGCUCGACCCCGACAAGGUCAGCCGCUACUCCCUGGAGAAGCUGCUGGAGUUCGUGUACACGGGCCAGAUGAACCUCAGCAGCACCCGGCAGGCGGCGGUCCGCCGCGCCGCCGUCUUCCUGGGGAUGUCGGAGGCGACCCGGUACCUGGAGGAGAACCCUCACUGGUCCGAGGCGGGCGAGGCGUCGCGCCCGGAGGCGGAGCCGGACUUGGGGCCGUCGCCCCCCAGCCCCGCCUCGGCCGGCAGCCCCAGCUCGCCGCUGCCCCUGUCCAUCGUCUCCGGGGGGAUGGACUGGCUGGGGGCGGGCGCCGACGACGGCGCGCGAGGCGACGGGGGCGCCGGCGGCGAGCCGGACGGCGCCGGCUACAGCGACGACGAGUACGACCCGGCGAGGCCCCGCGGCGGCGGCCGGGGGAAGGGCAGGAAGAGGGGCCGCAGGCCCAGGAGCCUCGGCGACGAGCAGGCGGAGCCCAGCGGCGGCGCCAGGGGGCGGGGCCGGGGCAGGAGGAAGGGGCGGCGGGGGCGGGGCCGGCCCAGGGGGGCGGGAAGGGGAGGCCUGACCAGAGAGAGCCCGCUGACCUACGACCUCGACGCCGGCGCCAGGGACUGCGGCGACACCUCGGCCGACUGGAGCCCGUCGCACGGCGACGAGGCCGCCGCCAAGAGGCCGCGCGCCUCCGGGGGAGGGGGGAGGGGCCAGUACCGGGGGAGGGGCAGGGGCAGGCCCAGGGGGCGGGACGGGGGCGGGGCCGGGGAGGAGGAGGAGGAGAACGGCGGCGAGGCGCCGGCGGCCGAGUACGAGGGCGGGGCGGAGCCGGAGGACGGCGAGCAGAAGGUCCCGGUCCUGGACGUCCCGCUGGUCUGCCUGCAGUGCAACAAGGACUUCAAGGACGUGAGCAGCCUGCGGCGCCACGAGAAGAUCCACGAGGGCCUCAAGCCCUUCGCCUGCAUCUUCUGCUCCAAGACCUUCAGGCAGGCCACCCAGCUCAAGACCCACCUGCGCAUCCACACAGGUGAGAAGCCGUUCGGCUGCGCCGACUGCGACAAGUGUUUUGCCCAGAAGUGCCAGCUGGUGGCGCACCGCCGCAUGCACCACGGCGAGGAGAAGCCCUACACCUGCGACCGCUGCGGCUUCAAGUUCGCCACCUCGUCCAACUACAAGAUCCACAUCAGGCUGCACAGCGGCGAGAAGCCGUACGUGUGCGACGUGUGCGGCCAGGCCUUCGCCCAGUCCAGCACGCUCACCUACCACAAGCGGCGGCACACCGGUGAGAAGCCGUACCAGUGCGACCUGUGCGGCAUGUCCUUCUCCGUGUCGUCCUCGCUCAUCGCGCACGCCCGCAAACACACCGGCGAGACGCCGUACAAAUGCCCGCAGGAGAAAUGCGACGCCAAGUUCGUCACGUCGUCCGAGCUGAAGAAGCACAUGAGGCGGCUCCACCCGGCUGAGGGGAACUCGGGCGUGCAGUGCCUGCUGUGUGGGAACCGCUUCGCCAGUGUGAAGAACAUGAUCAAGCACCAGGAGAAGGCUCACGCCGACGAGGUGCGGCAGCACAAGGAGCGCGCCCGAGCCGUGGUCCUGCUGGCCUCCAGCCACCCGGUGGCCUUCGUCCAGAGUAAGUUUGCCCAGGAGACCAAAUCUCUGGCUCCCGUCCCCGAGGCGGAGCCGGCCAACCCCGAGCCCUCCACGCCCAAGGUGCUCCUCGUGUCCGACGCGGCGACGGACGCCGCCAACGCCGCCAUCAUCCGGGAGUUCAAGUCGGAGCCCGUGGACUCCCCGCUGGGCGCGGCCCAGGUGACCUUCGACCCCGAGCAGGAGCAGACCAUCAACUCGGACACGCUGCACGCGCUGGUGGAGCAGCUGCGGCCGCCGGCGUCGCCGGCCCAGAGCCUGGAGCAGAUCGUCAUCAUCCGCACCGUGGACGCCGACGACGGCGCCGCCCCGCCGCAGUGAGGGGCAAAGGUCGCCGCGGCCUUUCACCUCCGCUCAGGACCAUGAGCCAGGCAGCAGCAGCAUCCUCCAACAUGUUCACACACACACACACACACACACACACACACACACACACACACACACAGGUCUCUGUUUCUGUACAGACCUCAUUUCACGACUCCUCCACCCGAACGCACUGCGAGCGCAGGACUCCACAGCGCCACCCGUCUUCUCAUGGUGGUGGUGUACGUAGUGAGUAGGAGCCUCUCAGCAUGAGACCUUUGACCUGAGCUCUGCGGUGUGUGACCCGGUGGGACCAGAUGGGACCCGGUGGGACCAGAUGGGACCCGGCGGGACCAGAUGGGACCCGGCGGGACCAGAUGGGACCCGGUGGGACUCGAUGGAGCGGCGUUGUCCUCCAGCUGCAAACAACCUCCUCCCAAGUCUAGAAGUUUCACAAUAGUCAUUUUUCUUGCUUCUUUUGUUUUUGAUUUUGCGUUUCCUGUACAGACACCAGUUCUACUUCCUGUUCUGUAUGAAACACGAGAGGACAAUAAAGCUCUAGACCAGUGUA